UCCUUUGGAUGAGACUCAAAACAAACGAGGUCUUAUUGGAGGAGACUCUGCAGCAGCAGCAGCAGUUGUUGAUGAUGCAGAGUUCACCCCCCUGGUCUCUGGAAGCCGCGUUGGAUAAAAGCGUCCGCCCAGUUAAUUAUAAUGAGGUUGGUUCUUCAGGUCUUCCCAGACGUGACAAUCCUCUUCAGCGACGUGGUGAAAUUCAACGAGAUCUGCAUUCACAUCACGCCCAUGCAAGUGGUGGACAUGCUCAACGAGAUCUACAUCGUGUUCGAUACUCUGAGCGAGAAGCACAACGUGUACAAGGUGGAGACUAUCCGCGAUGCCUACAUGGUGGUGGCGGGGGUCCCUAACAAGACCACGUUCCACGCCCACCACAUCUGUGACAUGGCCCUGGACAUGCUGAGCUCCAUCGACCACCUCAAAGACCCCUCUACUGGGGACAACAUCCAGAUCAGAGUGGGGAUCCACUCUGGCAUGGUGGUCGCCGCUGUGGUGGGUUUGAAGAUGCCGCGCUACUGUCUCUUUGGUGACACAGUGAACACAGCCUCCCGCAUGGAGAGCAACGGGGUGGGAAUGCAGAUUCACAUCAGCCAAACCAGCAAGGACCACCUGGAGCACGAGCCCUACAUCAUCGAGGAGAGGGGCAAGAUCUUUGUGAAGGGUAAAGGCUACAUGAAGACCUAUUGGCUCAAGGGGAAAAAAGACCUGUCCUUCAAAUCUCCAGUGGAGCUGAGAUACAGCAGCGAGCAGAGAGACUCCGAGGAGGGCAGCACAAAGAGCACAAACUCCAGCCAAGCCAAGCGCUCCACCUCAAAUCUCAACAACCCAGUGGAACAAACAGAAGAAACCAAACCGUCAGAGGACCUGCCGUCAGACCUGCCCCAGCCUCUAGAGGGAGCCGCUGAGCCCCCGCUGCCCGAGCCCCGCGACAAAGAGAGGGCCAAAAAGACCAAGAACAACAAGGCCAGCAAGACGGAGGCAGCCGGAGCCAACGCUCAGGAAACUGCAGCGCCCCCUGCAGGCCCCUCCGAGAACGCGGCCCCGCCUCUCUGCGUCGCCAAGGGCAACGAUCGUCAUAGCCGGCUGACAGCCACCCUGCCCCUCCGUAGCUCCACCUGCUGUUUGCUCUAGGCUUUGCGAGGCUUUACCCUGACUUUUCUCUUGUCUUUUAAGAAUUUAGUUGUUUCACUGAAAUAAAACCCUGUAUAGGAAAUCAGUUUUACUAUGAAUGCGUUUCUCAGCUGUGUGAUCAAGAGACACGAACAGCUUGACAGGGAUCAAUUGAAUUCUUAAAGGAGAGGAGAAAAUUCGGGGUAAAACAUCGCAAAUCAC